AUGAAAGCAUUCCUGAAGUGCGCCAAUGAUCGAGAUUUACAACAUCACUGUAUAUGGAGAAGUGAGCUUUCAUUCCAAGCUUGUUGUUAUACAGGAAUGGCCAUUGUAUCAUCCACACAUGAAUGUUUUAUUGGCUCUGAUUCAUCAAUUGUUGUCUUGAAUUUGGAAAAUGGUCAAGUGAUUCAAACCAUUCUGUUGGAUGAUGUCAUUGGCAGUAUUCAUCAAGUGGAAUGGAUCGAUUCUGAAACCAUGAUUGUUUUACAUACAGCUGCUUCAAUUUUUAAAAAACAAGGUCCAAUGUCAUGGAUCAAACAUUACGAGUUGAAACAUCUUGAUCAUGGUAACAAGAACAUGGUUGCGAAUAACACCAUACUCUAUGACGCCGAGUCGAGAAUGAUUCUCAGUGCUUGUCAUUUAGGGAGAGCUGUCUCCAUGUUCAAUAGUGAUGAUGGCCAAUUAUUGAAAACAAUCAAGACCAGUAGUAUAGUGACCAAAGGAACUACCUUUCCUCAUGGCAUGUGUGUUAAUUAUUUGACAGGAGAAUUGUUGCUUUGCCUCAAUGAUCGUGUAGUAUUCUUAAAAUAA